AUGCCGCUGGUGAAGCGGAUCAUCGAACCCAGAUAUUUGUGUCGCGGCACUCUGCCUGAUGGGGUCGCCAGUGAGCUGGAGUGUGUCACCAACAGUACCUUGGCCGCUGUCAUCAAACAGCUUGGAGGACUGAGUCGUCAUGCGGAGGACAUCUUCGGUGAGCUGUUCACGGAGGCCAACAGUUUCUACCUGAGGAUGAACAGCCUGCAGGAGAGGGUGGACCUGCUGGCAGUGAAGGUCACACAGCUGGACUCCACCGUGGAGGAAGUGUCGCUGCAGGACAUCAACAUGAGGAAGGCUUUCAGGAGCAGUACCAUUCAGGACCAGCAGGUGGUGUCAAGGAGCUCCAUCCUCAACCCGGUGCUGGAGAUGUACCAAUGCUGCGACAAACCACCCCCCCUCAACAUCCUGACACCCUACAGGGACGAUAAGAAGGACGGUCUGAAGUUCUACACCGACCCGUCGUACUUCUUCAACCUGUGGAAGGAAAAGAUGCUGCAGGCCACGGAGAACAAACGCAAGGAGAAGAGACGACAGAAGGAGCAGAAACACGUGGAGGAGUCUUCAGGACGGGAGGUGAAGAAGGUUCGAAAAGCUCGUAACAGGCGGCAGGAGUGGAACCUGAUGGCCUACGACAAAGAGCUCCGCCCAGACGCUCGAGUGACUCCGUCACCUUACCACACCUCCGACGGCUCAAUGUCACCUGACAGGUCAGGGAUGUCAGACGACCCCUCCUACCCUGCCAGCCCCCACCACCAUGACACCCAGGGGCAUGAUGGGAAGGAUCACGCCACCGUGCCGACCGGUGGGAGCGGUCAGACUCAGUCAUUGGACCGCGCUCUCCGACCCACCUCUGCGUCCUCUGCAGUCACCGCGGCGACCAUCCGCCAGCACUCUCUGGGACGCAACCAGCCGCAUCAUCACCACCACCACCCGUUACCUCUCACCGGCUCAGCCAAUCAGAACGGAGCACGGUCCAAUGCCGCCAAGGAAGCCAAUGACCAUCAGAUCCCUCCAGCCCCUCCGCCACCCCCCCCUCUCAUGCCAUCAGCAGGACAGAUGGGAUUCGCCAACAGCUCCACCCACGCUACUGCCAUGGCAACACCAUUGCACCCUGCAGCCGCUCCAGGUAACCAAGGUGGAGCGGCCGCCCUCUCCCGCCCUUACAGCCCCUCACCUCCCCCGCCACCCCCAGCUAACUAUGUCCCCUCCCCCUCCCGGCCUGGAGGCCAGGCCCCUCCCUCGGCCGCUGCUGCGCCCCCGUUGCCCCCUGUGACGGACGGCAGGAAGCCUCCCGGUGGACCGAACGUCCCGAUGAACGACGCCCGCAGCGACCUGCUGGCUGCCAUACGCAGAGGGAUCCAGCUGAGGAAGGUUCAGGAGCAGCGUGAGCAGGAAGAGGCCAAGAAACGAGAGCCCACAGGAAACGAUGUCGCCACCAUCCUUUCACGCCGCAUUGCUGUUGAGUACAGCGAAUCAGAGGAGGAGUCCGAACCUGAAGACCAGGAGUGGUCUGACUGA